AUGCCCGAAAUUCGUCGGUUUAUGGCCGAAGAAUUUUAUCCCGUUUCUUGUAGUGAUGUGCCGAAAGGGAAGGGCGUCAUCGUCAACCUGUGGGCGAUUGGAAGGGACAAGAGCGCAUGGCCUCGUCCCGAGGAGUUCAUCCCGGUGAGGUUCUUGGCUGGCCAGGAGGUGCACUCAUCAAUGGUGAAGGAGGCAUAUAGGCCGUUUGGCGCGGGCCGCAGGGUGUGCCCUGGAAUGGAGUACACCGCACGGUCCGUGCCAUUGGCAUCGAUUCUGCAUAGAAAUGAGUGGAAACUACCUGAUGGUGGUGAUGGGAUCGGAUUGGAGGGCAUGGACCUCAAUGACCGCUAUGGCACCGUGCUGAAUCCGGCGACCCCGCUCCAUGCAUGCUGUGCUGGUGUGUCUACCGUGUGA